AUGGACCCACCUGUUUUACAAGCAGUCAAUAGAUUAGAAACUUUGGCUCAAACUAUCCGUCAAGAUGAAUUUGAUACAUUCGGAGUACAUGUGGCAAGCCAAUUACGUAGUUUGCCAGUAACAAAUGCUAUUGUUUGUCAAAAUUUCAUCAAUAAUUACUUGUCACAAGAAAGACUGAAAAUCUUAAAUAUACAAUAUUUUCCAAUUGCUACGAGCUCACUCUCAGAGUAUACACGCUAUACUUCGACUCCUGAAGCCAAAGCUACUACUUCCCGAAACCAACAACUUCGAUUCCCGAAGCUUGCACUUCUGGAAGGCACCUCGAACAUGAAGAAGACUAUUUUGCCAGCUGUUGACUGA